AUGGAAAAAUCAGAAAGUGUUUCUAUGAAAAUUGAACCGGAGAUUUUGUAUUUGGCAUCGUUUUGUGGAAUUUUUGAGCCUUAUCCGAAAAAUGGAGAAAUUUAUGGAGAUGGAGAUGAGGUAUAGACUUUUGGAGGGGUUUCUGAAAAAUUUUGAGCAAGAUUUUUGUUUUCAAAAGUUCGUAAAAACUUAAUUUUUCAGCCUCAAACAACUCGACUUCAAAAUAUCUACGAAACAGCUGAACUUCUCGAUAAAAUUCUCACAGAUUUCAAUUCAACAACAACUUCAAAUGAUUCAAGAGAUUCAUCAAAUUCUCCUCAAAAAUCACAUCGUGAAUCACUUUUGGAUGCUGAACGAAAAAAACAUGCUGAAAUUGAAAUAGUUGUGAAACCCGAACAAAUUGUUAUUGAUUCGAAUAUUCUGAUCGAUCAUUUGGAACUUGUUCAAAAAAUCUAUGAAUCGAAAAAAUUCCAAAUUUUAAUUCCAACAAUUGUUUUGUCUGAAAUUGGUGGAUUAUCUCACGAGAAUUCGAGAGUCGCGGAAUCGGCCAAAAAUGCAUUGGGAUGGUUGAGAGAAUUGGCGAAAUUGAGGGUGGAAACAGUUUCGACAUUGACGAGUCAGGGAAAUAAAAUACGAUUUGUUAUUGCGUUUGAAGAUCAUACAAGAGAGCAGAGGAGACAGCAUACGGUAGGGCAUUUUUUGGGAACGGAAAAAGCAUUUAUUAAUUUCAUAAAAAUUGUACAGAGAAUCUGAAAUUUCUAAAAAACUCAACAAAAAGUAUAUAUUUUAUUUUUUGCAAAUUUUAUCACUUCAUAAAUCAAGAUUUCUAAUUUUGCAGGUCAACGAUGAUACAAUUCUCGAAAGUUGUCUAAAACUCAUCCAACCUUCAAAAAUUCCCCAAUUUUCAAAUCUUCCUCCAAUAAAAGAUGAACAAAACGCGCUCUAUCGAACUACAGUACUCUUGACAGAAGAUCGCGGUUUGGCAAUCAAAGCAACAAGUCGACAAAUGCCUUGUCGUGAUAUUUUCAGGUUUAUUAAAUGGGCCAAAAUAUAAUUUUUUGCAUUUUUUUUUUGGUUUUUUGUUGUUGUGAACAGACUGUAAUAAAUUUCUCUGUUUUCUCUUUUUUUCGAAAAAAAUUUGAAGAGUUUUUUUUUGGAUUUUCAUAUAUAAUAAAUCAGAAAAAAGACCAGAUGGUCACCAUAAAUUCCGCCCGCUCGGCCCCCUUUUUUUUUGAAAAAAAAGAAGCUGUGAAAAAAUUAAAAUUCCAAGAAAAAGUUGUCCCUUGAGAUUUGGUGGCCAGAAAAAAAUCAUAGGGAAAACGUUUUCAGAUUUUUUUGGAAUUCUGAAAUUUCGUGAGUUUGGUUUGAAUUUUGAAUUCUGUAUGUUUUCAUUUGAAACCACACAACUUUUGUUUUCUUUUUUUAUUUGGCUUUAUUUUUAAAAAUAAAAAAAAGUGAAAACUGAGUACUGUAGAGUUUUCUGGAGGAAAUUUUGACAAUAACAUUUUUAGUCUCUUUGUACAGGGAAAAUUCAAGUAUAAAUUCUCAAAAAUCAAUCUGAAGCCUGUUUCUAAAUUUAACAAAUCCUAGACCCGCAAAAUUUUUUAAAACAAAUCCUAGACUCGCUGUAGAUCACGCGGGAUUUAAAUAUCUUUUCGUCUCUUUCACUCUCACCGAUUGCUUUUUGACAUGUUCUGUCUGAAUUAAGAAUAAACAUUUUUUGCAAAGUUUAACCUCAUUUUUUUUUCACCAAAAUGUAGUUUUCUUCUUCUUUAAAAAAAUGUAAAAAAUUAAGAUUCCAAGAGAAAUUCGUCCCUCGAGAUUUGACCCUUCAAAAAAUUCAUAAAGAAAAGUUUUUUCUAAUUUUUGUCUUCUGUAGUUGAAAAUCGAUAAUUCUAAAAAAACAAGAAACUUAAUUUUAUUUUUAAUUUUUGUUGAAAAUGUUUCAGUUCUGAGCCAAUUUUGCAAAUAAAAACUUUUGAAAAGAUUUCCCUUGAGAUUUGAACCUUCACAAAGCAUAUAUUCAAAAAUUUUUGUAAAAAAAACUCAAUUUUUCUUAAAUAUUUCAAAUAUUCAACCCACCCACCAAUUUUUAUUUAUUUCUAUUGUUUCGCCAAUUUUUCUUAUUAUUAUUAUUUCUUUUGUAAAUAUUCGAACCAACUCGCCCAACAAAUUGACCUUUUUGUCUAACCUCUCUUUUUCUUCUAAUAAUAAUCCUAUAUUCUUUUUUUCCUUCUAAUAAUAUUUUUUUGUCUCUGUCGUCUCUUCAUAUCUCAUACUAUUUUCGUCGGUUUUUGUAUGCGUUCACCCAAUGGGUGACUGACUUGAGAUGAGGAAAAAAAGAAAGAAAAGGCUGGCUGUGGGUGGGUGGGAUGUCCUCCCAUCUUAUUUUUUUAUUUGAAAAUUUUUGGCGUCUGUGGAUUUAUUGAUUGGUAAUUUUUUGGCAGGGGGUACUGUAGGUUUAGAUUGAUGCUUAGAAGCUAGAAGAGUACUGUUGUGAAAUUUUAGUAAAAUUGACUAUUUUUUUUCGAAAAAAAAUCAUCUGUGAUGUUCCUUAUCCAAUUCUUCUGACCUUCAUUUUUCUUAUUAUUAUUUUUUGACUUCUUGAAGUUUCUGGAACAUGCACUCUCUGAGUUAUUUCUGGGUUACUGUAGUGAUUCAGGUUUUGAUUUCUUUUUAAAAAAAUUACAGUAAGUCUGAAACUCAAAUCUGAAAAGUGCUAAACCCAAUUAUUCUUACUGUGGAUUUUGUGAAAUUAGAUAUUCCCUUCCAAUUUUUCUUCCUUCAUUUUCUGACCUUCAUUUUUUUCCUAAUAUUUUUCCGACUUCUCUUUUUUUUUUCAAACACACACACAUCAGCCAGUCAGCCCAGCCAACCACACAUUAUUUUUCGACAUUUGUGUGCGCGUACAAAAAUUGAGGUCAUUUUGAAGCGAAAAAAAUGGGGGGAAGAAAUGAAAAAAGAAAAAGACGCGGCCAGCCGCCACAAGAAACAGCAGCCUUUUUUUCGACCCAACAAAACAUUUUUGCGCACGCAAAAAAAAAGAAGAAGAAAAAGAAAAUGUCAAAAAAUUUGGGUUGAUGCUUGUUAACACACAAAUGAAAUGAAAUAACAUGAAAUGAAUUUGUGUUUUCAUUUUUUUUUUGAAUUCGGCCUGGAUUUUUGAGAAUCUGAUAAAAGUGCAAUAUUUUCUAUUUUGAACUUGAGAUCCGAUUUUUUAUAAGAAGGUUUUAGUAUAAGGUUACUGUAGAUCUUAAAUAUUCUCUAGGAUAUCUUAAACUUCAUAUAAACUUCUUUAAUUCUUUUUUUUUUGAUAAACAUUUCUAAUUUACCCGAACUCUUUUCAUUUUCUCUGUUUUUUUCGAGAAUUAUUUUUGAUCUGAUAAAAAGUACAACUUUUUGUUGAACUUGAGAAUUUUUAGAGAAAAGUUUUUGCAAAAAAAUACUCAAGGUUACUGUAGAUUGAACAUUUUUAUCAACUUUUUUUUCGAAUUUCAAAUCCAAGUUUUUUGAAGCUCAAACAAAAAUUUCGAAAUUUUAUUUCAUCAUUGAAUUUUAGAAAAGUGAAAUUAUAAAAAAGGUUUCUGAAUCCAAGUUUCUGUAGAUCAAAAAAAUAUUUUUACAAAUUACUUGAAUUUUUGGCGCCAACGUUUAUUAUUUCGAUUUUUUCUAAAUAUUUCCAAAUAUUUUCCCAACAACAUUUUCCAUUUCCCAUUUUCUCCAAUUUUUUUUUCAGUCACAAAAAAUCCGGAUUCCUAUUUUUUCCCCACAUUUUUCGUCUUUUCUUCGCUUAGCGCGCGCCCAAUUUAUAACUAUCUAUCUAUAACUAUAAUUUAAAAACGUCUCCGAAAACCACUUUUUUAUUUUGCAUUUUCGAAAUCGCGCGUUUUUCGAAAAAAAACUUUCAAUUCUUUCGGAUAUUUGUACUACUAUUCUUUUCUUUUUCACAAAAAAUUUCUGAUCGAAAAAAGAAAAUACCAUUAAAAUUUUUGACAGCGGCCCGCGCGCAAAAAAAAACAACUACAGUAUUCCUAGAAAAAAUGAAUGCGAAAAACGAAAAAAUGAACGGUUUUUGAGGUCAUAUUUUAUUGGUAUUUUAUGAGAUUUGAAGGUCCUGCUGGCGAAUUUUUAACUACUUUUUCUUUUUUUUUUUAUUUUAGCUGGGCCACAAAAAUUUCAUUUCCAAAUUUUACUCGAGUUAUACAGCUUCAGCAAAACUCUUAAGACUUUGUAGUUUCAGAGCUCAAAAUUUGAGAAAGAAAUAGAACACGUUUUCCACGUGGCAAUUGAGUUCGCGGAAGAUUGCAGCUUUUGCACGAGUUUCCGGCUUACACACAAUUUUUAACUCCUUCUUACUACUGCCCUCAAACAAUUUCAAUUUCCCAAUUUUUUCCCAUAAUAAUUUCUACCUCCUCUUUUUUCUUCUCGUCUUCAGAAAAAUUUUCCCAUAAAUUUUUUGCGAAAAAAAAUCUAAUUUAUUUUUUUCCAGGCGAAUUUUCAACGAGGUCAUUUCUUUUUUUGGUGUGCUGCUGGUUUUUUGUGGCUGUCCGUUUUUUUUCGAGGUCAGAUUUUAAUGAUUUUUUUCCUUUUUCUUACUUUGAUUUCAAAAAAUUUCGAAGUUUUUUUUCGCAAAACGUAGAUUUUUGGCGCCAUGCCACGUGGCAUUUUUUAUUGAAUUUUUAAAAGCGUAAAAAUUGUGUUCAAAUAAUUUCAACAAUUUUUGAGCUACACAAAAUUACUCGAAAAUCGUAUAACUCGAAUUUUUUCCCCAAAAAAUGCCACGUGGAUUUUUAACGUUAAAAUUUCAUCUAAACCAAACUUUUUUUUGUUUGCUGAAAAAAAGUUUGAAUUGAAAAAGCUAUAUAUUCCCCUAGAUCACCAAAUCCAGUUUUCCCAUUCUAUUUUUUUUCUCUGGCUGAUUUUAUUUAUUUUUAUUUUCACAUUUUACAAUUAGUAGAAAAAAGACAUGUUUUAUAAGAAAUGAAAUUGAAUGAAAUGAGAUUUUAUCUGGAAGUCGCCCAAAAAAAUCGUUGAAAUUUUUUGCGCGCGCCAGCGAUAAAAAAAUAGUUGGUUUUGUUGUGUUGAGGUUUUUUUUCGGAAAAAAAGUAGAGCUGAAAAUGUGAGGCCGAGCACCGAAAUUUGAGCUUAUUAUAAAUAGAAUUUUUACUCAAAAAAUUUUCCAAGUGAUUAGAUUAUUUUUGAUCCCAAAUUCCAAGGUUUUUAGAAUCAAAGAAAAUGUUUCCGAGAAAAAGUAAAAUUUAUUAUUAUCAUCUACUGUAGAGACUUCUAAAAUUUCCCACUUUCAUUUUUUCUCAAAUUUCCAAUCCCGAAUCCCCAAUUCGAAAAUUUGAUUUUCAUUUUCAAACAAAUUUUUUUGUCUCGGAAAUUUCCGGUUAACUGAAAGUGAGGUUUUUUCCAUCGCCUAUUUUCCUUUUUUUUUUUUGCUCGUGAGCCGACGACCGAAUGAGCGCGCGAGAAAAAUAAAUUCGAUGUUUGUUUUUGUCCAGUUGAAAAUCGCGCCCGAUUUUUUUCGCUUUCACAAAAAUUUUGUGCUCAAUACACACAGUUUUUUCCAAAAAAAACCUAAAUGCACUUUUUUCGUGACAUUUUUUCAAUUCAUAUUUUUUUUGGAUACUGUGAAUAUAUUUUAGUGUUAGAGUACUGUAUUUUUUUCUGUCAAAAAACGUCAUAAAAUUUUCUGCACAGCUGUGAAAAGAAAUUUUUAGUAUACUCUUUUUGAGUCCCAUUUUGUACCAUUUAUAGUUUUUUUUUUUCAAAAAGAAGUUACAGUAACCCUGCAGUAACAAAAACGUACAUUAUUUCUCAUUUUAGCGAUAUUUUUCUGUUGAACUUUCAGGAUUACUGUAGAGUACUGUAGUUUGUUUUCUAAAUUUUCUACCGAACUUUAGUCAGCUUCUUUAAUCAUUUUUUAACCCACAGUAACCAGAAAUUUUAUAAUGGAAUUUUUUUGAUUACUGUGGAGUACUGUAGAAAUUUCAUGAAUCGAAAUGUGUUCAUCAUAAAAAUUUUGCAGCUGCGAAGAAAAAAAAUUAUAACACUUUUUAGUACAUUUUUGUAAGUACUAUUUUAUGGUUCCCUACAAUUUCCAAAAAAUAAAGAUAUUGGUUACUGUAGAAUACUGUACUCAUUUUCACCAAGAAAGUUGUUUGCAACUGUUCCGACACUUUCUAAUUUUUUCCGAAAAAAAUCUACAAAUACAGUACCCUUCAAUUUUUUCUAUUUUGAAAGAGGAAGUUGAUUUUUUUUUGUUACCCACGAUUUUUGUGAGCGCCGAAUAGCGAGCGAGCAAAAAAAGGUCAAUUUGGUAAGAAUUUUUGCUCGACCGGCGAAAAAUGAAAACAAACAAAACAAACAGUCUUUUUCCUUCUUUUUCUUCUAAAAAAUAGUGGACAUUUCGGGCGCCAAAAAAAAAGAACCGCAAGAAAAAUAAUACGACCAUUUUGAGCAAACGAAAAACGAAAAACGAAAGGUGCGCAGGAUGACACCCGAUUUUGGACGCUGCACACUGUAUUUCGAAACUUUUUCGAUUCGAAAAUCAAAUUUACCUCUUUUUUUUGAAGAGUUUAGGGUUUUUUUCAAUUUGUCUAAUAACGUGGCAAUUUUUUUCAAAAUUGUUGAUCUAAAAAGAACUGAAAUUUCUCAGAUGCCAAUUUGAAUUUUGCCCCAUUCUUGUAAAUAUAUAUCUGUGUGAGUCAUUUUUUUAAGAGUCUGGAGCUUUUUCAAUGCUUCUGAUAACGUGGAAAUUUAUUUUUGAAUUUUUUUGAUUCUGAAUUUAAUUUUGUUCUAAACUCGACUUUUGAAAUAUUAUUUUGAAUCCAUUGAGCUUCUAAAAAAAUCCAAAACCUUUCAGUGAUUUCUAAAGUUCUGAAAUUUAUCAAAAGUUAUGAAAUUUUCAAUUUCAUAUUUUUUCAGAGUUUUUUAUUCCUGCCUAUUAAAUUUUCUGAUUAUUUCUUCAUCCCUAUUUCUACAGUACCCAUAUUAAUUUCAAAUUUCAAUGUUUUCAAACAUUUUUUUCAUAUCUUCUUCCGCUUUCUUCUCGAAAAUAUGAGUAUUUUAUUUCAUUAUUAUUUUUCACAAAACAAGUCAUAAAAACUUUUUUUUAGCUUCCAAAUUUUUUCCUUUUUAUUAUAUUAUAUCCAUCUACAGUACUUUUUCGCUUUUCCCAAAUUAUGGUCAUUUAUGUAGAAUCGUAUAAUAAUAAUAUUUAAUUUAAUAGUUUUAUUAUGAGGAAAAAACGAACGAAGAGGGUAAGGGAAAAGCUGGCGAAGCUCCGCCCACCCCGAGAAAAUUUUGAUGGUUUUGGGAAAAUUGGCUGAAAAAAGAAAUAGAAUAAAAAUAUCGUAUUUAUCUAUUAAUCUACAGUAUUGUGAAAACACUCAUUAUUUACUGAUUGAUAACGAAUUUCAUCUUUAGAUGAGAAGAUGAGUCACUCUUGUCUUACUGUAAUCCCCAUUUUUAUAUAUUUUUAGUUCUGUAGCUUGAAUUUUUUCUUCUGAAAAUUUUUUAAACUUCAUCCUUCUUUUCCAAACAUAAUUUCGAAAUUAUUUAUUUACUUAUCUACAGUAUUUCAUUGUUUUCUGAUUGAUAUGAGUCAUUUUGAUAUUACUUCAUCUGAAUUUCUUGUCAUUUUUUGUCGCAUUUGGAGUUCUUUAACCAAAACUUUCUACUUUUAUUUGCACCUCGAUUCACACCUCGCUCUCAAGUAGCCACACCUAGAGAACCUAAUUGUCCAGUACACGCUUCGAGAAUUCAUUCCUGACAAGUAGCCGCGCCUUGAGAGUUUCUAUGCCAAGUAGCCUGACCCUACAAAUCCUAAUUAUAUUUUUCUACAGUAUUUUUAUUCAAAUAUAUAUUUUUACAUUAUUUUCAAAAUCCCAAACAAGCUUUUCUUCCUCAUAGAUUGUUGUCUCUAAGCGAAUUUUUUUGGUAUGUUUUUGUAGGCGAAAAAAAGGAAAAAGUAUGUAUGUAUGUGUUCAACUAGAUCUUUUUUUUAGUUGUGGAAAAAAGAAAAUGGAGGGCAAAAUUAGACUUGUUUUUUUUAUUUAGAUUUUUUUCGUUGAUUUUUUUCGCAUUCUUAUUUAUUAUUAUUACACAAAAAUUGGUUUUUUGUCUAAUUUUUUGGUGAUUUUUUCAGAAUAUGACGUCAUUAUUAGAUGGUUCUAGUAUUAUGCAUUUGGCGAGUCAAUUGGUGCAACAACAGCAGAAAAAUGGGCAAGGUUGGUGGGGAAUAACGCAAAAAACUGCGCGCAGGGAGGUGGGCUCGAACCCAGGUUUGAGGAAUGGUGUGCAAAAUUGCAUACCACUUGACCACGCGAUUAUUUUUUGAAGUACAGAAAAUGACAUAUUUUUGAUGGCUCAUUUUUUGUCGCGCACGUGAAAAUUUUUCUUCGUUCCGGGACCUCACACUUGUCAAAUUUAUUCAAAUAUUUAUAGAUUCCGCCUCACCUUCUUAUACAAAUGCACAACAAUUGACACUGGAAAUGUUCAAAAAUUCGGGACUUUUUUCGUGUCUUCAAAAUCAGAGUGUAGGAAUGAUUGAGGAGACGCAGACGAGUAGUCAGAAUUCGGAUACGGCGAGCUCGGAAUCACCCGAACCACCAAUUAUUAUGCAACAUCAUGAAAAUGAGGAACAGGUGAGCAGCGAGGAAAAAAAACUAGAAAUGAAAAAAUAGUAAAAAAAAAUAGAAAUAUUUUUUGACGUGGAAAUGUUUGAUAAGGAAAAAAAAGAAAAAAUUUGUGGGCCACGGUUAUUUUUAGUUUUUUGAAUUAUUAGAAUGAUGGACACUGAUUGACUCAGGUUGGUGAGAAUUUGCAAUAUUUUUGAAAAAUCUGGGGAAAAACUCAAACUCAUUUUUUGAACUGAAAAAAAGUUCUAGAAAAUUGAAACUCACAAAGUCUGGAAUCAAGUGAUUAAAAAAGUUUUUGAAAAUUAGCUGUAAUUUACAAUUACGUCCAAGUCUGAAUUUUUUAAACAAAAAUUAAGCAAUUUUCAAAAAGAACUUAUAUCCAUUCUAAAUAGUUCAAAAUUAAUAAACGACAAACCAUUCUAAACAAUCGUGCCAAAAUUCCUCCACUGGUCCCAAAAAACCUCCUUUUUCCAGCAACUAGCACUAAUGCGAUCUUUGGGUCAAACAAUAGAUAUGGUUUCGUCUGGUGAUGAAAAUAGCACCGAAGCAACGAUGCGAGAUUUAAUGCCAGUUUUAGCAGCUGCUAAUCAAGUUUGCACAAAUGCCGAACAACAAUCACAGAGUGCUUGGGCAAGAAAUGCGGGAAGAAAGAAGUCGCAUCCAGUUUGGGAGUUUUUUCGCGAUUUGAAAGAUUCAAGUUAGUUAAAUUAAGAAGAUUUUUGAAUACCUUUUUUUGUUUAAGCGUUUUUUACAAGUUGAAGUUUUGAAGUCCAGGCUGUCCUACUCGCUUCUUUAAACUCCGCCCCCCUCCCCCAUACAUCCAAAACAAAAAAUUCUUUCAGCUGGAGCCGGCGGUGUUAUUUGCCUACACUGUAGUUGGUGUGGAGAUGAUCGAAGUCCGAACAAUUUGCGAACACAUUUAAAGAAAUUCCACACGGAUGAUGGGAUUUUUACGAGAUUCAGUCAAAAGUUAGCAUCGGUUAGUUUUGGGGAAGGGAUUUUUGGGGCAGAAAUAUUUGGGAUUGGGUGGGAGUGAAAUAUUUGGAUUAGAAAAAAAACUUAUUGGGUAUCAUCAAUAUUGUGAAAAUGUAAUUUUUAAAAAUAGGUGGAAGGAAGUUUAGUAAACUCAGAUAAAACGGGACCAAAAGGUUAA